GUGUAAAUUUGUACGCGCGAAGACAUGUAAAUCCGGCUUUUGUUGUGAAAUCCCAAUACGUGUCAAAGGAAAUUUUUGAAAGAGGUGUAUAUAUAAGUUAUCCGGAAGUUGAUAAAUGAAUGUGUGAAACUCUCACGAAAUAUUUAUGAAUAGUCCUCGAGGAUAGCAUAUGGAUAGGUCAAAUGACUGCAUGACCAAAAGAUUUCAAUGAUUAUUCUAUGACUUGAAUUCAUUUAAAACAGGAUUAACAUUAACGUUGGAUGAACAACGAUGGUAAAAAUGGAUGAUCCAAACUACUGCAAUAACAAUUUUGCAGGAGCACAAGAACGAGUUACUAAAAAAUCCUAUCUUCAAAUGUUUGUGGAUUAUUUUACCGGAAAUGGAAAAAUCAAAAAUAUCUAUAUAUAUCCCGACAUUUCUGUUGAACAAGGAAGGCAGACAUUAGAUAUACUUAGUUACAAAGAAGAAUCAGGUCGUGCCAAGUUGGAUAUUACACUGCCCACUGGUUCUAAGUUUAAAUACUUCUCAAAAACUCAAGCUGGAACUGUAUUCCAAGCUGAAAUUUUAAAACAAUACGUUUUAAAUGAAAAUACCGUCAAACGUAAAGAGAGAACAGAGAAGAAAAAGCGACAAAGCUUAGAGAAUGUUGUUACACAAGAUGAAACAACAUUUAUUGAUAAGAAUAUACAAGAUAAUCCACAUUUUCGACAACUGGACAACAUCCAAAGCUUGUUGAAUGAGACCCUGUGUCAGUCAGUUCCAUUCCAAAAUGUCAGUUCUGGUUCCAGUAGAGGUAGAAAAGAACAAGAAAAAGGCUCGAGUAUGGCCAUUACCUACAGGGGAGAAGAAACUAGACUCAAGUCUUAUAGCACAGAAGAACUAUACAUAGAUCAACAAGCAUGUUUGCUGAUAUCGCUGAAAUAUUCGAAAGGGAAUAUGCAACGUAGAAAACCGUGCAUGCUCUUUAUUUGCAGAGACAAAAUGUAUUCACCGUCUGCGUUUUUGCAGAAAGUACAAGGAAAAGGACAAGAGGAGUUUAACCAAGCUAUAUAUGUAACAGCGUUUUCCGAAACGGACGGUUACCUCAACAUUGAAUUUAUGAAAGGUAUAAGUAAAGAGUUGGCAAUCUCAAUUGCAAAGGUAAUAAAAAAUAAUAGUUUAGAUCUGGAACUAAUACGACUAGCAGAUAUCCUUCGUUUAUUCGAAACAAAUGACAUUUUCGAACAAACCAACUUGCUAAGUUCCGACAUCAAUCCGGAAGAUUCAAUUACGGACCCGGGAAAAGAUAACGAUAACCAUUUUAAUGACAUUAACGAUAAUUGUAUUCAGAAUAAUGGUAUGAAUACUUAUCAGGAAAGUACGGACUGGCUUAUUAGAAAUCAUGUGAAUGACCACACAGAUAGUAAUGCAGUACUUUCUGAUAGAAACAAGUUUACUGAACCAAAAACUCUAAACGUUGGUAACAAUAAUACCGAAAAGAAAUUGCGCAAUAAUACAGGAUUACAAACGCAAUGGACUGACCGAUCGAAAAUGAAAAAUUCUAAAGUAAGAACACAAUCAAAGCCUGUCCGAGAAUUAAAAAUAUAUUUGCAAUCAGUAGAAGUUGACUUUGGGGGUUUAGUAAAUGAAUAUUUUGGAGAUAAUAUGAUACGACAAGCAGUUUAUGGCUUCUGUAGUCCAGAUGUUGAUCGGCGAAGUAAGACUUCAUUUGAUAGACCGAACGUUCCUUGGCCUAGCAUGCACCCACUCUUACCAUACAAACUACGAUACUUAGACGAAAACGAGGAAAUUUCACACCUACAUCGUAACCAGGAACAAUAUGAUGAAGUUCAGAAUGAUCUAAAUACCGAAAAUCGCGACAAUUACUCUAGUGAUGGGGAUGCUGAUCAAUAUGACAGUUGUGCUAGUGAUUUUACAGACGAAAUCGACAAUGAUAAUGGCUAAUAUGGGGGUUCCUAACCCCGUUGAAAGACGUCUUCAACGACCAUGUUAAAUGUGUAUUGAAUUAAUCUUAUAGGCAUUGCUAAAUACGACGUGGGAAAAACAAGAUUUAACCAAUUCAACAUAUUUUGUUAAUUAAAUAAAAUAACCGUUAGAGAAGAAAUUUUGUUAUUGAAAAGAAUAAAAGAACUGUUUAUUUUUAGAAUUGUAUUCUACUACAUUUGCAUAAAAAGAAAAGUACUUCUAACAUGUUCUUGUUUCUUACCAAUAUCUGUUUACGUUAAAUCACUAUUUUCGAUUUUUUUGUUAAUAAACAUACGUAAUGCU